AACUAGAUGGAUUUUAUCCACAGCUUUGGUGUACUAGUUAUACAACACCUGCAGAACAACUACAGGGAUUAUCACAACUUUCUUAAUUUUAUGUCAACUGUGGGUGACCCUCGUAAUAUUUUUUCAGUUUAUUUUCCACUCUGGUUUCAUUUUAGUCAUAAUGUUGGCACUAAGAUGAUAUGGGUGGCUGUUAUUGGAGACUGGUUCAAUCUCAUAUUUAAAUGGAUUCUGUCUGGGCAGCGACCUUACUGGUGGGUGCAAGAAACUCACUUGUACCACAAUAACUCAAUACCACACUUGGAUCAGUUUCACAUAACAUGUGAAACAGGGCCAGGUAGUCCCUCUGGCCAUGCCAUGGGUUCAUCAUGUGUGUGGUAUGUCAUGAUCACCUCUACUCUUAACUUUGCCAAACCCUCCAGUGCAUCUUCUGUCUGGAGCUUUCAAAGGUUUCAUCUCCUAAAAUCCUGCUUGUGGGUGGCUUUUUGGGUCAUUCAGAUAAGUGUUUGCAUUUCCAGGGUUUUUAUUGCAACACAUUUCCCACAUCAGGUUAUUCUUGGUCUUUUCGCUGGUAUGCUGGUUGCUGAAGUGUUUGAUCAUAUCCCUUCAGUUUACAAUGCAAGCUUAAAAGUGUACCUCCAGGCCAAAGUUUUUCUUUUUUCUUUUGCUGUGUGCUUUUAUAUGUUCCUCAAACUCCUGGACAUUGAUCCUUUGUGGUCAGUCACCAAAGCCAAAAAGUGGUGCACUAACCCAGACUGGAUCCAUCUGGAUACUACACCUUUUGCUGGUCUGGUGAGAAACAUGGGAGCCUUGCUCGGUUUGGGCCUGGCAGUGAACUCGGAGAUGUUUGUUCAGAGCUGUAAAGGAAAGAACGGCUGCAAAACCAUGUUUAAAUUCACGUGCAUGGCCGCAACUCUCACGUUCCUUCAGCUCUACGACUUCAUUAAAAUGCCCACUCACAAUGAGGCUUUGUUUUAUAUACUUUCAUUCUGUAAAAGCACUUCAGUCCCUAUUGGUGUGGUUGCUGUCAUUCCUUACUGUGUACAUUUGCUAAUUAGUAAUGAAGAAAGGAAACUGGCUUAGAUGGUAAAAUAAUUGUUCAAAACAAUUUGUGAUUUGCAUUAAAUGAUUUUCAAAUGGGAAAGAUCCUGUCAGCAGAAAGUAGAUACACACCUUUGACAAACCUGUUGCUCACACUUAUUUCAUUGUCAUAUCAGCACCAAACACAAUAUGUUCAAAUAUAAUAAAUUGUAUCACUGGGUUUGGGUAAAAAACAUGUUUUUUUUAUGUUUGUUUCUUUUUUAUUAUUAUUAUUAUUAAUGUAAGUAUCCUUUAGUGCCUAUAUGUAGUUCUGUCCUUUUUAUUCUGUUUUAUAUUGGCAGUAAAACCAUGUGUA